AUGACAACAACAAAACAGAUAUUUAUAUUGUUGUUAUUGUCAUUUAUGACAUUGACAUUACAAUGUGUUCAAUCACAAGAUUUAAAACAAUAUAUGAAGGAGAGGGCAUUGUUGGUAGACAGUGAGAAUGCUAUAAAGGAUGGUGCAUUCAUACAUCUAACAGCCGCCGAACAAUCUGCCAAUGAGAUCUUCACAACAAUCCUACAAACUGAAGAAUUACAACUCUCCAACAAUGAUCCAUCUUCAUUAAACUUCUUUGGUGCCAAGAGUAUUAUUGAAACUACAGAGAUCUUUGGCAUUUUGGACAAGAUGCCAAAGGGUUCGAUAUUACAUGCUCAUCAAGACUCGUCGGCAACAUAUGAUUACUUGAUUGAUACGGCAUCUUACUUGCCAAAUUGUUAUAUGUACAUUGGCAAUGAUCAACAACAGUCUGGCAUUUAUUAUGGUUCAUUCUAUUUCUUUGCCCAACAACCGGCCAACUCAAACUGGGUGCUCCUGUCCACAUUGCGCCAAAACUCUGACAAUGUCAAUCAGUUUGAUCAACAGCUGCUCACCAACCUCACACUGGAGACCGACGACUUUGGUGACUAUGUCGGACUCUGGAGAAAGUUUGACGCCAUCUUUGGCCGUGUUGCUGGCCUCGUAUCAUACUUGCCCGCCACCAUUGGAUACAUGCAACAUUUGGUCAACCAAACAAUUGCCAACAAUGUACAGCACAUCGAGUUACGCAAGGUGUUUGGUGACACCUACGACCUCCUUGGCAACCAAUACAACAUGACCUGGUUCGUUGAGCAGACUAUCCAACUUGUCGAUGCCACCAGGACCACCUACAAAAUGCCAGAGUUCAACAUCAAAAUAAUUGGUUGUGAUCCAAGACAUGUGAAUCAAACUGUCGUGUUGGAUCACAUGGUAUACGCAUUGGAGUUGAGGAAUCAAUAUCCUCAGAUGUUUGUUGGAUAUGAUUUGGUUGGACCAGAGGAUGAGGGAUAUCCAUUGAUCUACUUUAUCGAUCAAUUCAUGACCAUUGACAAACUGGGCCAAACAUACAAGUAUCCAUUGGACUUUUACUUCCACGCCGGCGAGACAUUGUUGUACAACAACACCAAUCUUUACGAUGCCAUCCUACUCCAGAGCAAGCGUAUCGGUCAUGGAAUACAGUUGUCCAAGCACCCGGUCCUCAUGCAGUUGGUCAAGGACAAGAACAUCGGUAUCGAGGUUUGUCCCAUCAGCAACCAAGUGUUGGAGUAUGUGGCCAACUUCCGCGCCCACCCCGGCUAUGACCUGUUCAACCAGGGCCUGCCCGUGACGAUCUCGCCCGACGACCCCGCCAUCUUUGGCUACGGCGGUCUAACUUAUGACUUUUACGAGGUGACUACCGCCUGGGGUCUUGGCAUUGCCGAGCUCAAGCAACUUGCCCUCAACUCCCUGAACCAGAGUGCCUAUUUCGAUUCACAAGAGCGUGAACUAGCCAUCAACGCCUGGAAUGAAAAGUGGAACCUGUUCAUCAAUUGGUUGCUCCAGCAGCAGCCUACUACCAGUAGUACUACGCAACAACAA